AAACGUACGAAGAAGAUUCAUUAUUAUUAGUACUGUACAUACUUUCAAUAUGUACACGUUCUUUAUUUUGAUAGUCGCUUGUUUAGCGAUAACCGCUCAUGGCUUUCCAGACACUUACAUUGUUGGUGGAAAGGACGCACCGGUCGGCAAGUUCCCAUAUCAAGUAUCUCUGAGAAAAUCCGGACGUCAUGCCUGCGGUGGAUCCAUCAUUAAUCAUUAUACCAUUCUCACUGCCGGUCAUUGUUUAGCAAACUACCGCCUCAUGCCCGAUACUCUCAAAUCGUUAACUAUUCACGCCGGCACAAAUCAGCUAAGCGAAAAUGGUACUGUCUACAAAGCUAAACAAGCCAUUGUUCACGAGGCUUUCAAUUCUAGUAGAUUAGUCAAUGACAUCGGUUUACUCAUUCUAUCGACUCCAAUUGAAUAUACCAAAUAUAUACAGCCUAUAUCACUUGCAACUACCGACAUUGCUCCCAGUGGCUCUUACUGCAUCUUAUCUGGAUGGGGAAGAAUUAGAAUCGGUGGUAUAAUUCCUGACAAGUUACAAGAGAUUGAAUUAACUGUUUAUGACCAAUUUAAAUGCCAACUAAUACAAAGGAGAGUACGAUCUAAUCACAUUUGCACACUCACCAGAAAAGGCGAAGGCGCGUGCUACGGAGAUUCCGGUGGUCCUCUUGUUUCUAAUGGUGUUCAGAUUGGUAUUGUCUCUUUUGGUACACCAUGUGCUCGGGGAAGACCCGAUGUAUAUACUAGAGUGGCCUCUUUCACGGAAUGGAUUAAAAAAUAUAUUAUCCAAUAAU